UAUACUGCCGAGUGGAAGCAUUUUCCGGGAGCUCCAAAUCAUCCACGAAACAGGCUGCUUCUCGUCCGAGUCCUCCUUCGAGGAUCAAUGGCAACAGACCUGCUACGAAAUGGAGCGAUACCUGAAGGAUGAACCGAAGCUGCAGAAAUACAAAAAACUUCCUACCGAUACACCCUGGGACCUGUUUGCGGCACCUGGCCCGCUACCUGUGUCGUGGAAGGUGGAAGUGGAACCGUACUGCUUCGACGAGCUCAACCUAAACGAUCGUGCAUCGGAUUCGCGAUCCGAAUCAUCAUCGUCCUCAUCAUCCUCCUCGUCCUCCUCCUCCUCGUCCUCCUCAUCCGAUGGCUUAUUGCCACCGUCGUCCACUGGGAACCCUUGGCAAAGUGGAGGUACCAGUCUGCUCAGCUGUGCGGUGAUGGUGAAGAAAGAACCGAUCGACGAUCCGGACGAAGAUCCCGAAUCGGACAGUCAAGAUGAACGGAGUGACAAGUACGGCAGUGCGACGAGCCGAGCAAAUCCCACCACGGAACUAACGAGCCGAGGUAGCAGUAAUCACCACCACAACCACCACCAUCAUCACACCAGCAGUCACCACAGUCUUCACCACAGCCACCAUCGUCAAGCGAGCGGGAUUGAGUUGCGGCUCGUAGCGCGGACGACGAGCAAUGCGAACGAUCUGCUGCCGACGCUAACGCCACCCUCAUCGCCCGAGUCACAUCUCAGCAAGGACAACUCGAACACCUCCACAACCGGUAGCAGCGGUACCACCAACACCUCCACCACUGGUAACAGUUUAGCGAGCUCUACAACGCUAACCACGAUCAAGAAGGAACCCGCCUCCGAGAUUGCCCUGCUCGAUCGUCAAGGCGGUCAGAUACUGCGCGUUUCGGCCGGUCCGCACGUGGUACGGUUGACGACCGGGGUGGCCGGUGCGAAUGGGAAGAACGUUGUGACGGGAGUCACGCGAGUGAUACAGGUCAGUCCCCAGCUACAUGCGGCUAUUGCGCACCGCAACUCAUCCGCCUCACCAAAUGUAACAGCACAACCAAGCUCGAAACAUCACCACCGGCAACAGGAUCACAGUCCGGACGCGAAACGAAGGAUACACAAGUGUCAAUUUCUCGGCUGCAAAAAAGUCUACACGAAAAGCUCCCAUCUGAAGGCGCACCAGCGAACGCAUACAGGAGAGAAACCGUACAAGUGCUCCUGGGAGGGAUGCGAAUGGCGCUUUGCCCGAAGUGACGAACUAACGCGCCACUAUCGGAAGCACACCGGCGCAAAGCCCUUCAAGUGUCGACACUGCGAUCGAUGCUUUUCGCGUUCCGAUCAUCUCGCGCUACACAUGAAACGGCACGCCUAAGCACGAGACGCACGGGUCGAAGACACAACAAGCAGAGCUUUACACUACGGUC